UUGAGCACCACUAUUUCUUGUAAACUCGUAAAAAUUUAGAAGGCAUCACUUGGGAGAUGGUUAAAGCCUGAGCGCUGCUACUAAUCCGUGAACCUGUGGCCUUCCAUGACAUCUAUUUACUUAGAAGAUCAAGACGAGACAGAUAAAAGGUCAGAUAGCACUUCCAAUGUCUCAGGCAUCACGGUAGUGGGACUUGCUACUUAGAGGGCUGCUAGACAAGACUUCUUUAAUGGGACCCCUUGUGACAUUUGCCUCCAGCCUUCCAGCCUUCAGUAUUUCGGCCAUGCCACAAUGGUUAUAAUCUGGAUCUUGUUGCUCAGUUGUUUCGAUCUUGGUCGGCAGGUAUCCUGGGCUGAGGGUUUGUCCGCUACUGCUAAAGUGCCUUGUGUCGAAGGCAAACUGUGCGACCCCAGGCUGAGGAGAGAUGCGGGAGGACGCGGUGGGGUUUACGAACACCUCGGAGGAGCGCCUCGACACCGGAAGCUUUAUUGUGCCACCAAGUAUCACCUGCAGAUACAUCUGAAUGGCAAAAUCAACGGAACGCUCGAGAAGAACAGCGUCUUCAGUAUUCUAGAAAUAACCGCGGUGGAUGUGGGAAUUGUCGCCAUCAAAGGACUGUUCUCUGGGAGAUACCUGGCUAUGAACAAAAGAGGGAGACUUUACGCCUCAGAGACCUACAACCCCGAAUGCGAGUUUGUAGAGAGGAUCCAUGAACUUGGAUAUAACACAUAUGCGUCUAGAUUACACAGGACAGUUCCAAAUGGAGCUGGGACAAAACGCAAGGCCAGUGCGGAAAGACUCUGGUAUUUGUCUAUCAACGGCAAAGGACGACCCAGAAGAGGUUUUAAGACACGGAGGACUCAGAAAUCCUCCCUUUUCCUACCAAGAGUACUGGACAACAAAGACCAUGAUGCUGUGAGGCUAUUUCACACAAACGUAAAGCAUCGAGAAAGUAUUCCAAAGUCACAAAAAAACAAUGGCAGAAGGAGAAGAGGUCAUUGAGUAGACUGGCGUAAUGAAGGAAAGCCUUCCUGAUCUUGUGCGUCCAAGGAUUGUAUAUUUGCAAACAUCGACAGCUGUUACAUUUUAUAGAGCCUAUAAAGGAUUACCUCACUCUUAGGACUAUGUGUUCAAAGGGUCUAUUCAUAGUACAUGGAUACUUAAUAAUUUAUUCUCGUGUCUGCUAACGUGGUGGACCCACUAGUGGUCAUUGGCCAGUCAAUCUUGAUACUGGUUACAGAUUGCACUAGCCUGUGCCUAUUAUGCCUUUAUAUGUGACUGUAUUCUAGGUUCAUCCAGGUGAAGGACCAAUAUUGAGCUCAUAAAUUUGUACCUGCAACCUGGUCCCUUUAGGGGCUUCAAUACCAUAAUUCAAUACAAGAUUUAGUGAACCUUUAUUCUGAAGGUGUAUCCAUACUGUUCUAUACUAUACUACAUACAUGGCGUCGGGGACCACUAUAGACAACUUUUGUAAAAUGUCCCUAGUAGUUUCCUCCUCGCACCCCCCCAACAAGGUCUUAGGAUCUUCCAAGAACAAGCAAUUGAAUUCAUGACCCACCACUGCUGUAGAGCUUGGGUACCAACAUUUCUGACCUGGCGCCAUUGUAGACAAUUUCUUUACAAUAAGUCAAAAGCGAUAGUGAAGUGUAAGUGUAAAGUGAGGGAUGAUGGUAUAUACUGUAUACAUUCUAGGAACAUCAGAAGCCACUAAGCCCUAGGGUAUUGACACCUCAAUGCUUAACCAAGCCAAAUGUUCUUUUUAAAUUGUCUCAACCCAUAAAUGUCUUCCUUCACAAUGGCUGAGGGACAUGUAUCUCUGGAUGUGUUACUCUUAAUUACUUUUCUUUUCAUCUGUAUUUUCCUGAUUCGGCCCUUGAUAUCAGGACAUCACCCCCUGGACAGUCGUUCGGUCUACCUCACAUUCCAUUAGAAGACUGUAUCGGUUUAUUGUUCGCAGGUCCAAUUAUGCUACAACUACAAGGGUUAUUUCCUGUAAGUCACUAACAUUAGAUAUUGGAAACGAAGGGUUGUACAGGAGGGCAAAUAUUAAAAUAUAUUUA